AUGUUUGGAAAUAAUUCUGAAAAAGAAGAAAAUGAUAUUCCAAUAAAAAUUCGUCUUUGGUGUUUUCCUUUUAUUCAAAAUAAUAAUUGUCAAUUAGAAUUUAAAUUGAAACAAAUUGAUGAAAGAUAUUAUGCUAAAAUAAAUUCAACAGAAAAUGAAGAAGAAUCAAAUGAUGAAAAUUCAAAUAUUGGAGAACAACAAUUAUUAUUUUCUACAAAUUUUUGUAAUUGGUUUAGUGAAUGUAUUGAAAGGUUUUAUAUAAAAAAUAAAAUGAAUAAUGACAAGAAAAUUAAAAUGGACAAAUUUGUUAAUUUAUUAAAUAAAAAAUUGAAAAAUAAUUUGGAUUUGCCUAAUGAAGCUAAAUUAAUUUUGUUUGGUUCGGCAAUUUCUGGUUUUGGAAGUAAUGACUGUGAUUUGGAUAUUUGUUUAAUUAAUUGUGGAAUUGAUUCUUCUUUAAAUCCUUCCAAAUCUUUCCCAAUAAAAAGAAUAAUUUUAUCUCAAAUUGCAAAUAUUCUACGCAAAGAUGACGAAUUUAUGCAAAUAACAGCAGUUUUGGAUGCCCGAACACCGAUUGUUAAAUUUGAACAUUUACCAACUGGUUUUAAUGGAGAGUAUGUUUUUUAA